AGUACUUGUGCGAAAAGAGGUCACGCGUCGUAAUAACGUUCUCGGAAAAAAUGAUCAGUGGAAUCUUAUAUAAUUGGCUAAAUUGUUGGAACAGUUUGAUAGUCAAUUAGAAUAAGUGCUGUCAUAGUUUUCGUUGAUAACCUAAAUUAUCGAUUAUGGCUUGGCUGGGAACGAUUGCCAGCAACGUUCUACGAAGUACCGGAUAUAAGGACUGGCUUACGCCGAACGAAAUUCUAGAAGUUAAGCCUGAAAAUUAUAGUAAUCGGCAUAUCGAGAGCCGCGAAGAUGCUAUCGUACUUUAUGGUCCAGGAAAGAAGAGUGAGGAAACAUAUGAAAUCGUUCUUCACAGACCUUGUACGGAAACAUUGCAUCAGGCUUAUAGUUUGUAUCGUUCAGAAGAGAGGGAAGCAGCAGAAAGACGUUUUAUCGUGUACAAAGACAAGGUUCCAGUACUUGUUCAAAUUUGUCAGCAAAUGUGCAACGUGGGCAAGAUACAAAAGUUGUGCAAUACUUUAGUGGAACAUCCCACAUGGACAUUGGCACAUUUAGCAGCUCAUUGUACACUUCACAGCGCUUUUGCCCAUGCAGUUGUGAAUAGUCAAUUGAACAGCGGAGACAUAGAGACAGGUAUAUCUCCGUUGCAAGUGGCAGUGCAAAGCAAUAAUUUGUAUACAGUACAGAUGUUGAUAGAAGCUAAAAGUUCUUUGGAACAUUUGGACUAUAAGGCGAACACCGUAUAUCAUUACGCUGCCACGUCUACCAAAGAAAUAAUUCUAGCCCUUGGAGGCGACCGUCCAAACAGUUUGAACAGUCGUAACAGUAACGGGUACACGCCGUUACAUCUAGCGUGUCUGAAUAACAAACCCGAGUGUGUUAAAGCUCUUCUUUUAAUCGGUGCGGAUGUGAACAUUCCCGCAUCGGAAGGUGAGCCUUCUAGUCCUGGUUACGUAGGAGACUUUCUUCACGGUAAGCCAGACGUGCUUCACGCGGAAGACAUGAAGUUUGGCGGCACACCGUUGCACUGGUCUUUAAGCAGGGAAGUGAUCAUUGCUCUGCUCGAGAGCAAUUGCGAUAUAGAUGCUUUGAAUUUCGACAGGCGUACGGCUUUACACAUAAUGGCAAUGAGAAAACGACUGCCGUGCGUGGUGGCUCUGUUGAGUCAUAUGGCUUGUGCAAAUAUCGCGGAUAAAGAUGGGAAUACCCCGUUGCAUUUGGCUGUUGCCGAAAACUCGCUGUCUAUAGUGCAGUGUCUGAUAGGAUUCGGAGCGGACAUCGACGCCAGAAAUUGGAAGUCGGAAACGCCGCGACACCUAACGAAUAUGAACAAUCAGGAGAGCCAGAAGAUCCUUUAUAUUCUGGACGCGGUGGGUGCUCAACGUUGCCCAAAGGAAAUGGUCGAUUGUAGCGUGGGCUGCAAACACGACGAAAGCUUCACCGGCGUGGCUCCGCAGCAGCCACCGAUGGCUGUCCCGCGAACCAUAUUGGACCAAAUGCUUUACGUUUCCGGGAUGGAUAAGAUGGCUACGGAAGGGAAGAGAAAAAUAAAAGGCGGUCGUCUUCUUUGUCUGGACGGAGGAGGGAUUCGCGGGUUGGUGCUGGUGCAAACAUUAUUGGAAAUCGAAUCGAUCUUAAAUAAACCAAUCCGGGAUUGUUUCGAUUGGAUCGCGGGCACAUCGACGGGUGGAAUCUUGGCUCUCGGUAUAGCGUCCGGCAAGUCUUUGCGAGAAUGUCAGGCGCUCUACUUUCGCAUCAAGGAGGAAGCUUUUCUCGGGAUGCGUCCGUAUGGUAACGAAGGUUUAGAGAAAGUACUAAAAGAUAGUCUUGGUGCUAGUUCGGUUAUGUCGGAUAUCGAGAGACCAAAGAUAAUGAUCACAGCUGUGUUGGCUGAAAAAAUGCCGAUCGAUCUAUACAUAUUUCGCAACUACGACGCACCUAGCGUGAUACUGAAUAUUCCAAAGAGUUCGAUGUCUGCUGCUCCUUCGCCACCGAACGAAGAAUUUCUUUGGCACGCUGCGAGAGCAACCGGUGCAGCCCCUUCCUAUUUUCGAUCCUUUGGCAAAUAUCUAGAUGGUGGAUUAAUAGCAAACAACCCGACGUUGGACGCCAUCACCGAAAUAAACGAAUACAAUCUGGCUCUGAAGGCGACUGGACGCGAACAGGAAGUGGUCCCCCUGUCCUUGGUGGUCUCUAUCGGCACCGGUUUGAUCCCUAGUAGUCCGUUAAACGGCGUGGACAUAUUUCUACCGGAGACAAUAUGGGACGCGGCGAAAUUUGCCAUGGGAAUAUUGGGUGUUGCGAAAUUAUUAGUAGAUCAGGUAACCGCGAGCGACGGUAGAAUCGUGGAUCGCGCUAGAAAUUGGUGCUCGAUGAUCGGAGUGCCUUAUUAUAGAUUUAAUCCGCAACUGUCGCAGAAUAUCGCCAUGGAUGAGAAGAGUGACGAAGUUCUGGCUGACAUGAUAUGGACUGCGAAAGCGUUUAUGCACGCAAAUAGGGAUCAAAUAAUAGAAUUAGCUGCUUUGAUAAAUCGCGAUGUUUAGGUCGUUUUUCGCGUAAGUCAUAUAAUAGCAUUGCGUGCGAAUCAAACAUGUACUACGAGUUGUUGAUUGUUCUGUAAACAUAGGUAUGAUUGUGUAGCAGCUAUUUGAAAAAGGGCGUCGCUCUCUCUCUCUCUCUCUCUCUCUCUAUCUAU